UUGUAAAUAGUUUAACUCGGGACAAAACUCGUAUUGUUGCAAGCGGUGAUUAACGGUCCGGGAAAGAGCUGGACUGUUUCUGUGUUCCUCAGGCUCUGCUCAGGUUUACUGCAGUUAUUAUGUGUUUUCCAGGGAACUGGUCCUAAUCCAUCAUGGGUGUAGAAGGAGGAAUGAAAUGUGUCAAGUAUCUACUUUUCAUUUUCAACUUCAUCUUCUGGAUAUGUGGCCUAGCACUGGUUGUGUUAGGAAUCGUCGUUCAGGUGUCACUUCACAACACCUACAAGAUCAAUGAUCCUUCGGCUUCGGGAGCGCCCAUUAUCCUCAUCGGAGUUGGUCUGGUGAUUUUCUUCAUCAGCUUCUUCGGCUGCUGUGGAGCCUUUAAAGAAAACUACUGCAUGGUCACCACGUUUGCCAUCCUUCUCUCACUGAUCAUCAUCAUUGAGAUUGCAGCAGCAAUCGUUGGAUACGUCUUCAGAAACAAGCUCUCAACCAUCGUCCAGGAUAGCGUCACAGACAUGAUGAACAAUUACAACAAAAGCAAAUCAGAAUUCAAAGAGGCUGUGGACAAACUGCAGCAGAGCAUGAAAUGCUGCGGUGCGAACAGUUCUGCUGACUGGAAAGGCAUCGCACCGGAUGGAAAAUCUGUGCCCGACUCUUGCUGCGUGAAUGUCACUAAAGGCUGUGGAUCAGGUGCCAUGUAUGACUCUGCCAAAGUGUUCCAGAAGGGUUGUACUGCCGCUGUGGAGGCAGCACUGAAGACCAACAUCCUAUGGGUGAUAGUAGCAGCUAUUGUUAUUGCUGUCCUACAGUUACUGGGUAUUGUGUUCGCCUGCAUUUUGAUGAAAGGCAUCCGGAGCGGCUAUGAAGUCAUGUGAUCGACACCAGAGUAGGAGUUGGCAGUUUGGGCCACUUAUAAGGAGCUUUUUUUGGAAACUUUAAUACAUUCAUCAUACUUCCCACAUAAUACUCAGAAUAUAUUUUUUCUUCAGAUAAUAUUUUCAUAGGAUAAUGUCUCUGCUGUACAUGCAUAGGAGUGGAAAUGGAGGAGAUUGAUGUACAGUCUUGUGUUAGCAUCAGAGAAGGUUCUUGGUUAUGAGGAGUUCUAACAUCUGUUAACUUUGCUUUCUCUGUUGGAGACUUUGGAUUUGUUUUGCGGUUGCUGGAUCUGUUCUAAAAUUUGAACUGUUUUGGGGUUUAUAUACUGGGUUCCAGUUCCAUUUUUUUAUUAAAGACCUUUUAAAUUACA